AAACAUUAGUCAUGACGAGAACGUAAACGAAAUUUCUUAACAGCAAAAGGGAAAUGCUGAACUAAUUCAGAACGAGCAAAUAUGUUUUAUGCGUAGUUUCAAUUUGCAAUGUGAAUAUGUAAAUGUUGUACUCUACUCCCUUGUUUUGAGUUCAAUAUGCAUGAAGCAUAUGAAGUUAUUCCUAUUGUGCAGAAAUUGCCCCCUGGGUUAUCAAUUGAAACGAUCACAGCUUAUGAUGACUAUCUUCUGGUGGGUACAAAGUCUGGAACUUUACUUCUUUACCAAUUAGUACCAUCUUCCAAGCCAGGAUUAAAGCCAGGAUCUUCCCAUUAUGAAGUGAAACUUCUGAAAUCUAAUAAAUCAUUCUCCAAGAAAACUAUAACUCUGUUGCAGGUUGUUCCAGAAUUUCAGAUGCUUAUAUGUCUUGCUGAUGGAAUCGUAUCUGCAUUUGAUUUAAGUCAACAUACUUUAACUGUUAUUGCGACACUGCCAAAGACAAAAGGAGCUCAUUACUUUACAGUUAAUGUACAGAAACAUAAAACUCUCACAGAUGAUGUGAUCAUGUCUUUUAGAUUGUGUGUAGCUGUGAAGAAAAAGUUACAAUUGUACUAUUGGAAAGCAAAGGAACUUAAAUUUUUGGAGCUUAGUCAAGAUCUUAGUCUUCGGGAUAUUCCGAGAACAAUAGUCUGGUGCAAUGAGUCUUUGUGCAUUGGUUACAAAUCAGAGUACUCUUUAAUGAAGAUAACAGGAGAACCAAAAGAUCUUUUCCCCACUGGUGGCAAACAAUUGGAACCUCUGGUCACCCUCCUUCCCGAUGAUCAGCUUGCUGUUGGCAGUGAUGAGCAAACUAUCUUGAUUGAUUCAGAGGGAAAUCCUACUAUGAAGUACUCUAUUAAAUGGUCAGAGGUACCGAUUGCAUUAGCACAUGAUUGGCCAUAUUUAAUUGCUAUACUGCCUUCAUCCGUAGAAGUUCGUCCAAUAGAGCCACGAAUACAUGUUCAAAGUACAGAAUUGCAAAAAGCAAAAAUGAUUGCCACUAGCAAAAGGGGUUGGGUAUUUGCAGCUUCAAAUUCUGAUGUGUGGCUUUUACACGCUGUUAGUUUUACAGAGCAGAUUUCACAGCUUUUAUCUGAAAAACAAUUUGAACUUGCAUUACGUAUGGCGGAGAUGAUACAUGAGUCCGAAGGAGAAAACAAACAGCUUAUUCAGAGGAUAGAAAAUUUAAAUGCCUUUUAUUUGUUUUGUAAGCAGAAUUUCAAGGAAGCCAUGGAACUUUUUUUAAAGCUUGAAACUGAUCCAUCUCAUGUAAUUGGACUGUUUCCAAAUUUAUUGCCUGAAGAGUUUCGAAGCAGCUUGGAAUAUCCAGAUGGCCUCCCUAAUUUGCAAGGAACAGAAUUAGAAACUGGUUUGUUGGCAUUGACGGAUUACUUAGUAGAAGUACGUCAUCGACUCAAAUCAGAUUCCACUAGCAAUAUUCCUUCUAUGACAGCCAUUAUGGAACCUGGGAAGACAAAAAUACGUUCGAAAAAGCAGCUGUUACAAAUCAUUGACACUACUUUAUUAAAAUGUUAUUUGCAGACAAAUGAUGCAUUGGUAGCUUCAUUACUGAGGGUUAAGGACAAUUAUUGCCAUAUUGAUGAGUCAGAAAGAGCCUUGAAAAUGCAUCAAAAAUAUAGUGAAUUAAUAAUUCUUUACAACAAAAAAGGAAUGCACAGAAAAGCUCUUGAACUUUUAAUGAGGCAAGCGAAGAAAAUAGGCUCACCCCUGAAAGGACAUGAACGAACAAUUCAGUAUUUACAACAUUUAGGUAGUGAACAUUUGGAUUUGAUAUUCGAGUUUGCUAAAUGGGUUUUAAAAGAGCAUCCAGAAGAUGGGUUGAAAAUUUUUACUGAAGAUUUGUCUGAAACAGAAAGUUUACCAAGAACACAAAUUUUAAACUAUUUGUGUGAAGUUGAACCUGACUUAGUUAUACCUUAUUUAGAAUUCAUUAUUCAUAAGUGGAAGGAUGAAAAUAGUAUUUUUCACAAUACUUUAGUGAAUAAAUAUUGUGAAAAGGUCCUGGUUUUGAUGUCGGAAUAUAAAGAUUCUUUACCUGAAGGACACCCACCUGCUCCUGCUGGACAUGAACCUGGGGAAUUAGGACAACAGAGAUCCAAGCUUUUGACAUUUUUAGAAAAAUCCAAAUUUUAUACAGUUGAAAGAUUUGCUACUUAUAUGAUGAAUAAAGGUUUAUAUGAUGAAGGUGCAAUUGUCUUGGGAAAAUUAGGAAGGCAUGAAGAUGCUUUGAGAGUGUAUACGCACAUUUUGCAAAAUUUUGAGGAGGCUGAAAAAUACUGCAGGAAAAACUAUAAUAAAGAUAAAUCUGGAUGUCAAGAUGUUUAUUUAAUACUGUUAAAACUAUAUUUACCCACUACGGAAAAUCAGAAGAUCGAUAUACCUGCAAUUAGCUACAUUCCACAUCCAGAGCCCAAUAUUGACAGAGCUUUGAGGAUUUUGAAGAAAUAUUCGAAUCAAAUUGAUUCUUUUAAAGCCUUAAGUUUAUUACCAACUAUUAUUCCUGUGGGAGCUGUAAAAAAGUUUUUAGAGUGUGUUCUUCAUAAUAUUCAAGCUCGUAAAUAUGGAAUAAAAUUAACAAAGUCUUUGCUGUAUGCUGAGCAUUUGCAAGUACAAGCUCGAAGGAUUCACUGUCAUUCUUAUAAAUUAAUCAUCACUGAUUUAGAUAUGUGCAGAGUUUGUCAGAAAAGAAUAGGUAAAAGUGCCUUUGCUCACUUCCCAACUGGUGUGACUGUUCACUACUCUUGCAAGGACCAAUACUCAGCUGAGAAAUGAUUUAAGUGUCCGAUUUGAAAGAAAUAUAUCAUUUUUAAAAAUGUAAUAUAAAAU